AUGAAAGUGCCCGUCAGAAGUAUACUCGCUCUCCGGAAGGCGUCGACGGCUGUGGCUGCUGUUGAAAAAAUUACGCCAGUCACUCUCUCAUCCGAAUUCUUCGAUCACAUUCGCCAUGAAGUGUACGGAGAUUCGAAAAAAGUGGAUAAAGUCGUCGUAACAGUGAAAACAGAAGAAUCCAGUAAGCCAGUUUUGGUUAACCGAAACGUGUCGACUGCAUUCCACUGUCUUAAUCACAUAAACAAGCAAUUCGCUGAUGAUGCAGUUCUCGUCGAAGUGAUUCCAUCAGUUGGAGGUUCAUACUUCAGUAGUGUCAAUCAACCACUUCAAGAUCAAGCUGAAAUUCGCAAAAUUGGAUUCGAUACGCUGGAGAACUUAAAUUUAGUCAAUGAAGCUUAUUGGAGAUCAUGCUCACUGGUCACUGCUGCAUUUUUAAGAGAAGCUUUAGAUGUUGACGUGGAUUUUAAGUUUCCAGGUGGAAAUAUUAAAGACGGAUUCUUCUCAGUUGUUGUAAAAGGAUUGGAUGGAAAUAUUUUCACACCGGAUGAGCUGGGAACAAUCAAUCGGUUUGGAAAAUCCUAUAUCCGAGAAGAAAAACAAUUGGAAGUAAUUUCAAUUCCAAGCACAAUAGCAGAAGAGUCUGGAAUCAACGGAGAUAAUUUGAUUCGAAUCGGUCGUCAAGUAUUCUCAACAAAUGGUCCAGUCAUCAGAUCUACUCGUCAAAUUGGUCGUUUUUUGAUUCUUCGAUCUAAAAUUGCUGCAAAAUCUGAGAAAGAUGUUAUCGUCGGAGGAGUGUCGAUUCCAACAAAACAACCAACUUCUUCUUAUUCCUGGAGUCUUAUUGCGAAGAAUGCUAAUCAGAAAUUCAAUAGAAAUUUAUGA